CGAGGAAGAUGUCACGUGUCCCUCCUGCUCCCUUGUGAUCAAAGUGAUCUACGACAAGGAGGCAUUUCGCGCCAAGGGGGAAGAGCUCGAGAAGAAGGACGAGGGGAAAAAACUGGCGACACAGACGGCUUAAGAACGCGGAGACAAAAUGGCAGGGAAAAUGGGAGGACGUGGCAGAGGCAAGCCCGCGAUGUCCUUCUCCAUGGAGCAGCUGGGUUUCUCCAAAGGAGAGGCACUACCAGCGCCGGUCUUGCAACCAUCGCCGAGCUACCCCCCGUUGGAUCACAAACCUCUGCCGAUCGAGUUGACGACCGAGAUGAGCUACAUGGUGGAGUUAAAGAGGGACUUUGCCGAGUACAUGCGGGAGUCGCCGAACAACGUACAAGCCGUCGUAUUGAACGAAGACAUCGAACGGUUUUGCGAGGAUUACGAGGAGUCCAUCGCGAAGAGCAAUAGGCUGGAAUACGACUGGAGCAGAAUGCCCGUGGAACUGAAGUCGUUGCAAAAGCGUAAGCUUCAACAACAGAGCAAGAAGCGAAAGCAGAUGGACGUGAACAAGAAGCUGAUGGAGCUGGAGAAGAAGGAGAAGAGGCAGCAGACCAGGCUCGAUGAAGGGGAGGAGGAGGAAGAAGACGCGGAGGAGAGAGAUACGGGCGUGAAGGAGGAAGAGGAGGCGGAUGAGGAGAUGGAUGAGGGAACCGAUUACGCGAACGAGUACUUUGAAACUGGCGAGAGUUAUUUGAGCGAAGACGAUAAUGACGACGGACCUACCUACUGAUACGCCUACGCGUACCAUAACGCAUUUUUCAUUUCAGUGAGAACUCGAUCUGCAUUAGUAGUUGUCGAUAAAUUAUUAAUAAUUAUAAUUAUUGCUCUUGUCACCAUUGCAAAUAUCGCGUCGCGAGAUGUAUCAUCUCUAAUGUACAUAAUUGUAUUAUUCAUGAGAGAGAUUGUAUAUUGUAUAAAUUUUCUAUAAUAACAUCGUAUAACAACCGUAAUAACAUGGA